CGCGGGGCAGCGGGGCCGCGGCGGGGCAGAGCGGCGGCGAGCAGCCCCCGGGCCGGGCCGGUCCAUGGCGGCGCUGGGCGCCCUGGAGCCGGCCAGCGGCCCCGGCACCGUCCCGGCCACCAAGGUGGAGCUCACCGUGUCCUGCAGGCGCCUCCUGGACAAGGACACCUUCUCCAAGUCAGACCCCCUCUGCGUCCUCUACACCCAGGGCACCGAGAGCAAGCAGUGGCGGGAGUUCGGCCGCACCGAGGUCAUCGACAACACCCUGAACCCCGACUUCGUGCGCAAGUUCGUCCUCGACUACUUCUUCGAGGAGAAGCAGAACCUGCGCUUCGACCUGUACGAUGUGGACUCCAAGAGCCCCGACCUCUCCAAGCACGACUUCCUGGGCCAGGCCUUCUGCACCCUGGGCGAGAUCGUGGGCUCGGCUGGCAGCCGCCUGGAGAAGCCCCUGACGAUGGGGACGGUCACCGCGCACUCGCGGGGCAGGAAACCCGCUCCGGCCGUCUCCAACGGGGGCAUCCCCGGGAAGAAGUGCGGCAUCAUCAUCCUCCUGGCCGAAGAGCUGGGCAACUGCCGGGACGUGGCCACGCUGCAGUUCUGCGCCAACAAGCUGGACAAGAAGGAUUUCUUCGGCAAGUCCGACCCCUUCAUGGUCUUCUACCGGAGCAACGAAGACGGGACCUUCACCAUCUGCCACAAGACGGAGGUGGUGAGGAACACGCUGAACCCGGUGUGGCAAGCCUUCGCCAUCCCCGUGCGCGCCCUCUGCAACGGCGACUACGACCGGCCCAUCAAGGCGGAGGUGUACGACUGGGACCGUGACGGCAGCCACGACUUCAUCGGCGAGUUCACCACCAGCUACCGGGAGCUGGCGCGAGGGCAGAGCCAGUUCAACGUCUACGAGGUGGUGAACCCCAAGAAGAGGAUGAAGAAGAAGAAGUACCUGAAUUCGGGGACGGUGACGCUGCUGUCCUUCGCCGUGGAGGCCGACCACACCUUCCUGGACUACAUCAAGGGCGGCACCCAGCUCAACUUCACGGUGGCCAUCGACUUCACGGCGUCCAACGGCAACCCGUCGCAGUCGACGUCGCUGCACUACAUGAACCCCUACCAGCUCAACGCCUACGCCAUGGCCCUCAAGGCGGUGGGCGAGAUCAUCCAGGACUACGACAGCGACAAGAUGUUCCCGGCGCUCGGCUUCGGCGCCAAGAUCCCGCCGGACGGGCGCGUGUCCCACGAGUUCCCGCUGAACGGCGACGCAUCCAACCCCUCGUGCAGCGGCAUCGAGGGCAUCCUGGAGGCCUAUCACGAGAGCCUCAAGAGCGUCCAGCUCUACGGUCCCACCAACUUCGCCCCCGUGGUCAACCACGUGGCCCGCGCGGCCGCGGCGGUGCCCGACGGCUCCCAGUACUUCGUGCUGCUCAUCAUCACCGACGGCGUCAUCUCCGACAUGGCGCAGACCAAGGAGGCCAUCGUCAACGCUGCCAAGCUCCCCAUGUCCAUCAUCAUCGUCGGGGUCGGCCAGGCUGAGUUCGACGCCAUGGUGGAGCUGGACGGCGACGACAUCCGCAUCUCCUCCCGGGGCAAGGUGGCCGAGCGUGACAUCGUGCAGUUCGUCCCCUUCCGCGACUACAUCGACCGCACGGGCAACCACGUGCUCAGCAUGGCCCGCCUGGCCAAGGACGUCCUGGCCGAGAUCCCCGACCAGUUCGUCUCCUACAUGAAGGGCCGCGGCAUCAAGCCGCAGCCAGCGCCCCCGGCCCCCGACCCCGCCGAGCCCCCGGUGCCCGCCCAGCCCUGACGGGGACCUCGGCCGGGGCUUCUCCUCCCACUGGCUCCGUCCCUGCUCCAGCCGCAGACGCUGAGCCGGGAAGUUUUCCAAGCCCCCUCCCCGCUUUUAUAAGGAAUAAAUCACAGCAGGUCACUGCCAGGUGCCUCCGUGCCCCGGCCGGGGGGAGACCUUGGCCGUGGCCGGCUUGGCUCCGAGUCCUCUCCCGCUGCCCUGCGGUGUUGAUCCCUUCCCGCAUCCCCAAAAACCAGCUUUCCCGCGGCCCUGGAGGGGUUGGGGAUGGAGGAGCCUGCGCUGGGGUGAGCCACGAUGUCCCCAGGGUCUCGGGGCCUUUCCUCCCCCCCCCAAAUCAGGUUUUUACUUGCAUGGACAGUCCCUCUGCCCUGGUAUUCGCGUGCCUGUCUGCUGUGAGCUGGUUUGUAUUGAGUUGCCUUAAACUGGAAUAAAUUUAGUCUUUUUACUACC